UUUUCGCAAAAUGGACGUUUCGGGCUUGCUGAAUGCUGCCAAAGCGGCUGAAGACGCCAAGCGCCGCGCGGUCACUGUCGAUCGCGAGCAGCCGCACGACGUCGAUGCCGGCAACCUCAUGGUCGUUGAUACAGUCCCGCUGCUGCCGUCAGAGCUCACUGCGGCGCGCCGUGGCGAGUACAUUCGCGCACUUGCUCGCGAUGGUGUCCAAGUCUUGUUCAAUGCCAUCUGGGAGCUGCCUACCACCCGCGCAGACGAAGUCGUCCUUGCCUCGCUGCCCAACCCGACCUAUGCCAUUCCACGCGAAAAGCCCGUACCAAAACCCAAGCAACUUACAAAGUGGGAGCAGUUUGCUCUCAAGAAGGGCAUCAAGAAGAACUCGAAGCGCGACACUCGCGUCUUCGACGACACCAAGCAGGAAUUUGUUCGCCGCCACGGCUACGAGCACCGCAAGAACCAAGACGACAAGGACUGGAUUAUCGAGCUUCCCGAUCAAGCAGAUCCGUUUGUGGACUAUUUCGCCAAGCGCAACGAGCUCAAGAAGGGCCGCGUCGCCAAAAACGAGAUGCAGCAGGCGCGCAACAUUGCCAAGGCAAACCCCGUCAAGCAAGGCCUUGCCGCCCCGUCAACAAGCAACGACGCCAAGAAGCAACUGCUCAAGGAACAGCUCAAGCGCACCAAAACCUCAACAGCCUCCCUCGGUCGGUUUGACAAGUCGAUUGGCAAGGAGCCCAAGAUCAAGACCCCCGGCAAGAAGCGUCAGUACGACUCUGCCGUUAUGCAAGCCGGCACCGAGAAGCAACGCUCGCUGACGAUUCUCAGCCGAAUUACCGGCAAGGAGUCUCUCUUGAACGAGAAUAAGGCCAUUCGUCAAGCCAAGCCCAAGAUCAUGGCUCUUGAGCAGGGCGGCAAGAUCCACAAGCGACGAAAGUGAAAGCAGUGAAUGUGCUGUUGUUUCGUCUUCUUUGUCGUCUUCUUUUGGGUCUCUUCAUUGUGUUGUCGAAUAAUACACCUAGAUUCUCU